AUGUUGCUACCGAGGCUGCAGACAAGAAUUACUAGCUGUAGCUGUCGUCUUCUGACUACCCGCUUCAAGUCUACAUCAAGCAAAAAGCCAUUCGCUUUUGCCUUUGAUAUUGAUGGCGUCCUGCUCAAGUCCUCGCAGCCUAUUCCUGGAGCGAUUGAAGCGCUUGCUCUGCUCAAAAAGCAUGCUAUCCCUUUCAUUUUGUUGACAAACGGCGGAGGAAGUACAGAAGCAGAGCGUGUCGCACGCCUAAGUGAAUACCUCAAGACGGAGAUCCAUCCAUCCAACUUUGUUCAAUCCCAUACUCCAUUUCAGUUACAUGCAGCACAAAGACGGUUCAAGAACGUCUUGGUUUGUGGAGGUAAGGGAGAUGUAUGUAGACAGGUGGCGCUAGGCUAUGAUUUCCCCCAUGUCACCAUACCUUUCGACAUCCUGGCACAAGACGAGUCUGUGUGGCCCUAUCAUCAGCUAUCCCAGGACGACAGGUCAAUCACGCGUCCUCUGUCUGAUGCACCUAUUGAUGCGAUAUAUGUCUAUCAUGAUCCUAGAGACUGGGGACUUGAUUCGCAAAUUGUCUUGGACUUGCUUCUCUCCAAAGGCGGUCGUAUUGGUACACGCGCUGAUCAUCCAACACCAGAGAAGCCCAACGAGUCCUUUGAGCAAGCAGUACCGCUAUUCUAUUCGAAUCCAGACUUAGUCUGGUCGAACCUCAAUCCUCAUCCGCGAUUCGGACAAGGCGCCUUUCAGAUACUGAUCCAAGGCUUGUAUAAAGCAAUUACUGGCACGACGUUGCAUUCGACUACAAUUGGAAAGCCCUCGAAGCUGAUGUAUGACUAUGCAGCUCAAGUACUCGCAAAACAUCAGAAACGCUUAAAUCCACAUCUCGCAGCGGAUCAAACUCGUGUGUACAUGGUUGGCGACAACAAGCUUUCUGACAUUGCCGGCGCCAAUGCAUAUCAAUGGACAUCCAUCCUCGUGCAAAGUGGCGUCUUUCGUGGUACAAUUGAGGAAGGCAAGUCUGGCAGCAUUCCUGCGGAUCAUGUGGUCAAAGAUGUUGGAGAAGCCGUCAAGCUUGUGCUGGCUGAAGAAGGCAUUCUUUGA